AUGGAUCGUGCCCAAGAUGAUCCUGCACCGGGGGCGGAGGCCUUUGGCGACCCUCAGAAGAUCAUCUCCUGGAAUGCCAACGGGCUGGCCGUCCAGCUGCGAAACAACUGGAGCCUCAUCAAGCAAUUUCUGGAGAACGAAGAUCCGGACGUACUUUGUCUUCAAGAAGUACGGCUUCCAGCGGCCGGUCCGAAAGGCUGCAAGCGCGGUGACGGCCAGAAGCGGAGCCGGGGUGAGGCGAAGUACGACUCGGCCCAGGAGAAGGCAGACUGGGACCUAGUUCAGCGGACGCUCGUUGCCACAUUUGCAAAGAUGUACAGCUUUCACUGGUCUCUGGCUGACUGGAAGUACGCAGGCACUUUGAUGAUGAUCAGGAGAAGUCUUCGGCCUUCGUGCAUCACCUACACGUGCUCUACGUUCGGCAUGGAUCAUGCGGCUCACUUCGACCCAGCGAAUCGUAAAUGGCAUCCGGAGGGACGAAUCAUCUGCGCUAGUUUUGCAACGUUUGACCUGCUUGCGACAUAUUCUCCCAACAACGGCAGUGACCCGGAAUCCUUCGCAAGACGGGCUGCGUGGGACAAAGCAUUGAACGAGGCCGUAGUGCAGCGGAAUCGGCCGCUUCUUUGGAUUGGUGAUCUGAAUGUUGCGGCGGAGCGCAUCGAUGUCACGCAUCCGGAUUGGUUCGCACAGCAGUGCUACCAGGGUGAACCAGCAGACAUGCGGGGCCAGCCUGGCUUCACUGAAGGUGAGCGGCGACGCUUCAAAGAACUUCUCGUGACGGGAAGACUGGUGGAUGCUUACAGGCGGCUGCACCCUAGUGAUGAUGUACCACCAGCGGCCGGGCCCUAUUUCACUUGGCGAGGGCAUCCUCCUGUUCAUCAGACUGUGGCGAAAUAUCAUGGGAAAGGCAUGCGCAUCGACUAUGCACUCGUGGCGGAGGAGAUGUUGGCCCGCUUGGAGGCGUGUGACAUUCUAGGCCAGGGCGCGGACAGGAACGGCUUCCUCGGAAGCGAUCAUUGCCCACUCCGGUGCACUCUGCAGAAAGAGUCAUCGGCUGGAUCUCCUCCGAGCAUCGCAGUAGUAGAACAACCUUCUACUUUAUCGAGCCAGGUGGAUUCCGAGUCUCCUGCCCCAGUGACCGUUCUGGAUUGA